UCCAUCUUUGUUGGAAGGAUUUGACAGGAGCUUUUGACCCGUGUGGAGGAAGCCGGACCGCGACGCCGAGCCGAGCAAGUAUGAUGAGCCCGCUCCCACUCUCGGAAACUCACCUCCCUAAACUGCUUUUCGACUAGCGAAGGAGUGGUUCCACUCAGGCUGAAAGACUAUUAGUUCAUAGCACCCCCCACUCCCCAAAAAAAAAAAAAAAAAAAAAAAAUGCCACAUUUCUACGCGGCUCGCGCCGGACUGGAGAAAAUGCCGGGGAACUGAUGGGAGCCGCGGGUUUGAAUUAAAUCCUAAACGCUGAAUGCCACUGUUUGAGAUUCCCUACUCGACAGAAGUGCCGAUAUGGCUGACAGAACUGCCCCCAACUGCCACCUGAGACUGGAGUGGGUGUACGGAUACCGGGGGCACCAGUGCCGCAACAACCUCUACUACACCGCCGCCAAGGAGAUCGUCUACUUCGUGGCCGGCGUGGGAGUGGUGUACAACACCCGUGAGCACAAGCAGAAAUUCUACCUGGGCCAUAACGAUGACAUCAUCAGUUUAGCUCUGCAUCCUGAGCGUGUGUUGGUGGCCACGGGGCAGGUGGGCAAGGAGCCGUACAUCUGCGUGUGGGACUCCUACACUGUGCAGACGGUCUCCAUCCUUAAAGACGUGCACACACAUGGCGUUGCCUGCCUGGCGUUUGAUCUUGAAGGACAGUGCUUGGUGUCUGUUGGUUUGGACUCUAAAAACACAAUCUGCGUGUGGGACUGGAAGAGAGGGAAGGUUCUGGCAGCCGCACCGGGCCAUACAGACAGGAUAUUUGACAUAUCGUGGGAUUUGUACCAGCCGAGCAAGCUUGUAAGCUGUGGAGUCAAACACAUCAAGUUCUGGAGCUUAUGCGGCAAUGCUCUCACGCCCAAACGUGGAGUUUUUGGCAAGACGGGGGAUCUCCAAACUAUCCUCUGCCUGGCUUGUGCCAAGGAUGAGGUCACGUAUUCCGGUGCCUUGAACGGUGACAUCUACGUGUGGAAAGGGGUCAACCUGAUGAGAACUGUGCAAGGGGCUCAUGGGUCGGGGAUUUUCAGCAUGAACGCUUGCGAAGAGGGUUUUGCCACCGGGGGACGAGAUGGUUGCGUCCGCCUGUGGGAUCUCAACUUCAAACCAAUUACCGUUAUUGAUCUCAGGGAAACAGACCAAGGAUAUAAAGGGCUGUCCGUGCGUAGUGUUUGCUGGCGGGGAGACCACAUCCUGGUGGGCACGCAAGAUAGUGAGAUCUUCGAGGUGGUGGUCCACGACCGCAACAAGCCUUUCCUUAUCAUGCAGGGUCACUGUGAGGGCGAGCUCUGGGCGCUGGCUGUGCACCCCACCAAGCCUCUUGCUAUGACAGGCAGUGACGACCGCUCUGUCAGGAUUUGGAGCCUUAUCGACCAUGCACUGAUAGCUCGAUGUAACAUGGAAGAGCCGAUCCGCUGUGCAGCUGUCAGCACCGACGGCAUUCAUUUGGCCCUGGGAAUGAAGGAUGGCUCAUUCACCGUUCUCAGAGUCAGAGAUAUGACAGAAGUGGUCCACAUCAAGGACAGGAAGGAGGCUAUCCACGAGCUGAAGUAUUCCCCUGAUGGCGCCCAUUUGGCUGUCGGCUCCAAUGACAACUCAGUGGACAUCUACGGUGUUGUGCAGAGGUACAAGAAAGUAGGAGAGUGCAUUGGCUCCAAUAGCUUCAUCACCCACAUGGAUUGGUCCACGGACAGCAAGUUCCUACAAUCCAACGAUGGCAGUGGCAGGAGGCUCUUCUAUAGGAUGCCAAGUGGCAAGGAGGUGACAAACAGGGAGGAGCUGAAGCUGGUGCAGUGGGCAUCGUGGACGUGUGUGCUGGGUCCUGAGGUUAAUGGAAUAUGGCCCAAAUACUCUUCUGUUAAUGAUAUUAACUCUGUGGAUGCUAACUUCAACAAUCAAGUCUUAGUAACAGCCGACGACUACGGAUUAGUCAAACUUCUACGAUAUCCGUGUAUAAAAAAAGGUGCAAAAUGUAAAAAAUAUUUAGGUCACUCAGCCCAUAUUACCAAUGUAAGAUGGUCCCAUGACUACCAGUGGGUUAUAACCAUUGGUGGAGCAGAUCACUCAGUUUUCCAGUGGAAAUUUGUUCCAGAGAGAAAGUCAAAGGAAGCUCUGCACAUUGCACCACAAGAGAUCUUGGCAGACUCUAACAGCGAAGAAUCCGACUCUGAUCAGUCAGAUGUGCCUGAAAUGGACUCGGAAAUCGAGCAGGAGACGCAGCUAACAUAUAGACGACAGGUUUAUAAAGAAGACCUACCUCAGCUCAAAGAGCAGUGUAAAGAGAAACAUCGAGCAAUUGCAAUGAAGAAGAGAGAGAGAGCCCCCGGGAAUGGAUUGAAGCUCCACUUUAUUCAUGGCUACAGGGGCUACGAUUGCAGAAGUAAUUUGUUCUAUACCCAGACUGGUGAAAUCGUUUACCACGCGGCUGCUGUUGGGAUUGUGUACAACAGACAGCAGAACACUCAACGUUUCUACAUGGGCCACGACGAUGACAUUCUCUGUUUGGCUAUCCACCCCCUCAAGGACUUUGUAGCAACUGGCCAGGUUGGUCGAGAUUCCUCCGUCCACAUAUGGGACACAGAAACGUUAAAACCAAUGUCUGUGUUGAAGGGUUUCCACCAGCUUGGAGUGUGCACUUUGGACUUUUCAGCGGACGGCAAGCGCCUGGCUUCUGUGGGGCUGGAUGACAAUCACACCAUUGUGCUUUGGGACUGGAGGAAAGGGGAAAAGCUCUCAGCCAUGUGGGGAAGCAAAGACAAGAUCUUUGUGGUGAAAAUAAAUCCCUACCUGCCUGACAAGCUCAUCACCGCCGGUGUGAAACAUAUGAAGUUCUGGCAUAAAGCCGGUGGUGGGCUAAUUGGGCGGAAGGGGAACAUGGGAAAGACGGAGACAAUGAUGUGUGCCGUCUACGGCUGGUCGGAGGAGAUGGUCUUCUCAGGCAUGUGUACUGGCGAUAUUUGCAUCUGGAGGGACAUGUUCCUGAUGAAGACUGUCAAAGCCCACGACGGGCCCGUGUUCAGUAUGCAUGCUCUUGAAAAGGGCUUUGUGACUGGAGGGAAAGAUGGUAUCGUCGCGCUCUGGGAUGACACAUUUGAAAGAUGCCUCAAGACUUAUGCCAUCAAGAGGGCAGUCCUAGCUCCAGGCUCUAAGGGCUUGCUUUUGGAGGACAACCCUUCCAUACGUGCCAUAUCGCUAGGCCACGGCCACAUUCUUGUGGGAACUAAGAAUGGAGAGAUUUUGGAGGUUGACAAAAGUGGGCCUAUUACUCUGCUCGUCCAGGGUCACAUGGAAGGUGAAGUCUGGGGCCUCGCCACCCACCCCCAUCUCCCUCUGUGCGCCACAGUCAGUGAUGACAGAACCCUGCGCAUAUGGGACCUUUCUCCCAGUCACUGCAUGUUGGCAGUGCGCAAGCUCAGGAAAGGUGGCCGCUGCUGCAGCUUCUCCCCCGAGGGCAAAGCUUUGGCGGUAGGUCUGAACGACGGCAGCUUCCUCAUUGUGAAUGCAGACACCUUAGAGGACCUCGUGUCCUUCCACCACCGCAAGGACAUCAUCACAGAUAUCAAAUUCUCUCCAGGUUCUGGCAAGUAUCUUGCAGUGGCAUCAGGAGACACAUUUGUGGAUAUUUACAAUGUAAUGAGCAGCAAACGGGUGGGAGUGUGCAAAGGAUGCCUCAACUCUAUCACCCACUUGGAUUGGGACAGGAGAGGAAAACUACUCCAAGUAAAUACCAGUGACAAAGAACAGUUUUUCUUUGAGGCGCCUCGUGGCAAGAGGCAGACCAUCCCUGCCACAGAGGUGGAGAAGGUUGACUGGAGCACGUGGACGUGUGUUCUGGGUACGUCUGUCGAAGGCAUCUGGCCUGUGAUCAGCGAGGUCACAGAGGUGACCUCCGCUUGCCUUAGUAAUGACAGGAAGGUGCUGGCAACAGGAGAUGAUUUAGGAUACAUAAAGGUCUUCAGAUAUCCCGUCAGAGGGAAGUAUGCAAAGUUCAAACGCUACGUGGCUCACAGCACGCAUGUUACAAAUGUGCGGUGGACCCACGAAGACAGCCUACUGGUGACGGCUGGCGGGGGGGACACGUGCCUCAUGAUCUGGGCCCAUGAACUCGAGACCCACAGGGAACUCAGACAGUGUGACAGCGAGGAGUCGGACAUCGAGAGCGAGGAUGAUGGAGGUUAUGACAGCGAUGUGACAAAGGAGAAUGAAAUCACCUAUACCAUCAAAGCCUUAUCCACCAACAUGCGCCCCAUGACUGGUGUGAAACCCCACUUGCAACUAAAAGAGCCUUCUGUGGAUGAGAGGCCUCCUGUCAGCAGAGCCCUCCCACAGCCUGAGAAGCUGCAGACCAAUAAUGUCGGCAAAAAGAAGAGACCCAUUGACGAUCUGGUGUUAGAGCUGGUGUUCGGUUACCGUGGCAAUGACUGCCGCAAUAACGUGCAUUACCUGAACGAGGGGGCAGACAUCAUUUACCACACAGCCUCAGUUGGGAUCGUGCUCAACUUGACCACCUCCUGCCAAAGUUUCUAUGUUGAACACAGCGAUGACAUUCUGUGCCUGACAAUCAAUCAACAUCCCAAAUUCCCCAACGUGGUGGCAACUGGCCAAGUAGGUGACACUGGUGACAUGUCAGCCACAUCUCCAUCUAUUCACAUCUGGGACGCCAUGACCAAGCAGACAUUAUCGGUGCUGCGCUGUUUCCACUCAGGCGGGGUGUGCUCUGUCAGCUUCAGCGCCACGGGGAAGCUCUUGCUGUCUGUGGGCCUGGACCCAGAACACACCGUCACCAUCUGGAAGUGGCAGGAAGGUGCAAAAGUGGCCAGCCGCAUCGGUCACACGCAGAGGAUCUUUGUGGGCGAGUUCCGUCCAGACUCAGACACUCAUUUUGUCUCCGUGGGGAUUAAGCAUGUCCGCUUCUGGACACUAGCAGGGCGAGCUUUGCUCAGCAAGAAAGGAGUGCUGAGCUCUAUCGAAGACGCCCGCAUGCAGACCAUGUUGUCUGUGGCCUUUGGCGCGAAUAACUUGACAUUUACAGGUACCAUAAGUGGGGAUGUAUGUGUGUGGAAAGAUCACAUUCUUGUAAGGAUAGUGGCCAAAGCCCACACGGGUCCCGUGUUCACCAUGUACACCACGCUCAGAGAUGGCCUCAUUGUCACUGGAGGCAAGGAAAGACCGUCAAAGGAAGGAGGCGCUCUCAAGCUUUGGGAUCAGGAGUUGAAACGCUGUCGAGCUUUUCGAUUAGAAACUGGACAGGUCAUUGACUGCGUGCGUUCGGUAUGCAGAGGAAAGGGUAAAAUCCUGGUGGGAACCAGGAAUGCAGAGAUCAUUGAGGUUGGUGAGAAGAAUGCAGCAUGCAACAUUUUGGUGAACGGUCACAUGGACGGCCCAAUUUGGGGAUUGGGCACUCAUCCGACCAGAGACGUGUUUCUGUCUGCUGCAGAGGACGGGACGGUUCGACUUUGGGACAUUCCGGAGAAGAAGAUGCUGAAUAAGGUGAACUUGGGUCACCCGGCGUGCACAAUCAGCUACAGUCCCGAGGGAGACAUGGUGGCCAUUGGCAUGAAGAAUGGCGAGUUCAUCAUCCUGCUGGUUGCAUCUCUCAAAAUCUGGGGGAAGAAAAGGGACCGGCGCUCCUCUAUACAGGAUAUUAGGUUCAGUCCAAAUUCGCGCUACCUGGCCGUCGGCUCCUGCGAAAGCGCCGUGGACUUCUACGACCUGACGCUCGGGCCGCAGUUAAACCGCAUCAACUGCUGCCGGGACAUCCCCAGCUUCGUCAUGCAGAUGGACUUCUCCGCGGACAGCCUGUACAUUCAGGUGUCCACGGGUGCGUACAAGCGUGUGGUGUGCGAGGUUCCGUCGGGGAAGCCGGUCACGGAGCAGUCCCACAUUGACAAGAUUACCUGGGCCACCUGGACUAGCGUUCUCGGGGACGAGGUCGUAGGCAUCUGGUCGCGGAACACGGACAAAGCGGACGUCACUUGCGCCUGCGUGUCGCACUCGGGCCUCAACGUGGUGACCGGCGAUGACUUCGGAAUGGUCAAGCUCUUCGAAUUUCCAUGUUCGGACAAGUUUGCAAAACAUAAGCGCUUUCUGGGCCAUUCAGCUCACCUGACAAACAUUCGCAUCACAAAUGGAGACCGCUUCGUGGUGAGCGCUGGUGGAGAUGACAGAAGCCUCUUUGUGUGGAGGUGUGUGCACGCCCCUCACUGAAAAUUUGACAAGCCCACCUGGCAUGACUGCCCAAUGACGUGUGAAGGAGGAGGCUGCGUGCCAGGCCCUGCAAGGAAAAUUGUGCUAAUUACUGCCUCAAAAUUUGGCGCCUGCACUUCAUGGCAAGAGUUGUGAACACAGGUGGCGUGGAUUCAGACCCACCGGUAUCAUUACAGACUGGUACCGGUCCGUGGGACGUAUAAACAAAAAAAAAUCUAAAGUCUAAAAGAAGUUUAUUUAGAAAAUCAAGUGGAUCCACCUGUGCCGCUGUGCACGUCAAACCACUUGUCUCAGCCUUGUGGGGAGAAAAAAAUAACCACAAUCUAGCAAAUGGUGAAAAAAAAAAUAAUCUUUUGAGAUUUUCAGAAAGGGCAAAAUGGUGAGACGGAAGUGGAAAAUGUGUUUUUCAUUCGAUGGAAACAACUUAAAUGAACUUUUGGGCCGUAAUUACAAAAGGUACGUUCGAGGCAAACAAGUUGCUUAUCACCAAAAGUUAUAUAAUAUUUGUAAAUAAUGACGGGCACUUAAAAAGGUGCAAGGUGUGUGACACUCCCAUCGAACACGAGUUUGAAUUGCUCGGGUUUAUCUACGUCACUAGUGAAGAUCUUCUGCCUUCCCUUUCCGCUCUCGAGCCAACCCUCAACGUAAACGGGUCUUCUCCACGGAGGCAACCAAUCAAAGGAAAGGAGGCGGUCUUAGCCAAAUAUGGACAAAGCGGAUACGAAAGUGGGUCAAACAGAAGUAGUUGUCAGAGGGGUCUAUUCUAGAUGUGAGUAUGUAGUAAUUAAAAAAAAAAUACACUUUUAUACUGAGUUCAUGUUAGAGAUUCUAAUUACCCAAAAUAUGGGACCUUAAAACAAUUUCUCUUGGUCUUGUUGUAUAUCACAAACCCUGGCAUUUGGACAGGGUUAUAUACAUUUUUAAAUUCACUGACAAUACAGGAUUAUCGCUAUUGGUAAUUCUCACAUACCAAGCAAUUUCCGCGUUAUGUAAUUGAGGCGAUGAAGGCCUCAAAAUUGCCAUAAAAGCACUCGAUUCCAUUCCAACGUCUUAAUGCAAACUGGGAUUUUCUGCAAUGACGGAAACAAAAACAAAACUACGGAGGAAAUGGAGCAUAAGUAACAAAAUGAAACUGCCGUCCGUUACCCCAAGAUGGGGGCCAGCUCUCGAAGAGAAGCCAAACAACAACUAGUUUGAGCGUCAUGGGAGGUUUUGUAGUUUGCAUGUUUCAAUGCCGGUCCGUCAAAAUAUUGUUGAACGCGAAACUGUUGUUGAUGAAAAUGUUUGGGGACCGAUCAUGUAAGGGAUGCAUCACUUUUGUAGGAUGAGUAUUCCUGUCCUACAAUUGAAGGCCUAUUGUUUACUGACGAAGACAUUUGAAAAAAGAAUAAAAAACUUACUUGUAGCAAACUCAAUUAGCCUUAAUGUGAGUAUUACGAGUUUCCAUUUUGGAUCACAUGGUCAUUGGUGUUAUUGUUUUUUUUUUGUUUUGUUUUUUAACUGUUAAUUCCAAAUUGUGUGGCCUUCCUCCUGAAUGUAACAUCCACUGUUAUGUUCUGGAUGUCAGCAUGCCAAAGCAGACUAUGCACUGUACACCCGACCCAGUCACUGUGUCACCUUGAUGGUUCAUCUCUGUGUUUUGUGUUGUGGUGCUGCUGGUGGUUGUUGUUGUUGUUGUUUUUGUUGAAUGGUCGAGCCCGUUCAUGACUUGUUGAUGAGGGCAGAUGUGGUUCGUGUUUGUUUAUGGGUGUGCAUGGACCACGAUCCAUCGAAUCCCCCCCCCCCCCCCCCCGCUCACCAUAAAAGAAAAUAGUAAUUUGUAACUGUAACUCGAUGUUCCGAUGCACGAUGAACUAUUUCGGUCACUUUACAGUGCGCUGCUACAAUGUAUUAUUGUUACAUUUCCAUCGAUAUGAAGGGUGUAAAUUUGCAUUUUGUGUAAUUGGACAUAUUACUUAAACGGAAUGUGUUAUCUGAAACAAAAGUGCAAAAAUAUUUUGCUUCUUUUAAGACACUAUAUAUAUAUAUAUAUAUAUAUAUAUAUAUAUAUAUAUAUAUAUAUAUAUAUAUAUAUAUAUACACUAUAUGAAAUACUGCAUAUUUUGAUUUACACCAGUGUAAAUAUCAUUUGUAGAUAUUCUUUUUGUAUAUUUUCGUGAGAUGUUUCUUAAAGUCUGCUUUAAUAAUUAAUACAAAAAAAUGGGGUUCUAACUUCUGAGUGUAUGAUGUGUAUGAAACAAAAAUUAUUUAACCAAAUGUGAUCAAAUUAUUGGUGCUCAAUUAUUAAAAA